UUACCCUCUGGUUUACUUUACAAAUCCAUCGACAAGCAAGCAAUUCAUAUCUUCUCUCGUCGAGUAACUUCAGUGCCCAUACAGCACAUAUUUCUGUCUCUUCCUCCUCGCUUCAGUUUCUCGUACCUUUGCACCACCACCGGUGGUUCCACCGGAACGCUCGCCGACAGAAGAGCGCCAUGGCCCGCGUGGUGGUUGAAGGGAUGCCGGAGUCGGCCGUCGGAGGAGGAGUGAUGCUGAACCGACGGAGGAGCAAAGGCAGGCGGAGAAAGCGAAAGGAGUUGUUGGCCAUCCAGAUGUGCUUAGCGGGGGUACUGCUGGGGCUCGUCGUAGUGCUCAAGUCCGUUGCACAGAAAGCAGGAUAUCAUGUUUCCAGUUCCGUGGUUGAUGAGGGCGCGAGGUGGGAGAGCCGUCACCUUCUACAAGAAGUCUAUGACAACGAGUCAAAGCUCUACUCUGAGCCUGCAAAAAACUGCACAGAACCAGCAAUCCAUGAGUUUCCCAGGGAUUACUUCACCAACCAGGAACGUGUUGAUGGAGCAGUGGGUCUACAUGUCCUUUGUACGGUCUACAUGUUCCUGGCCUUGGCCUUGGUGUGUGACGACUACUUUGUCCCGUCUCUGGAGAAGAUAUGUGAGCGUCUCCAGCUGAGUGAGGAUGUUGCCGGAGCAACCUUUAUGGCAGCAGGCAGUUCAGCUCCUGAACUGUUCACCUCUGUCAUUGGAGUUUUCAUCACGAAAGGUGACGUCGGGGUCGGCACCAUCGUGGGCUCGGCCGUCUUCAACAUCCUCUGCAUUAUUGGAGUGUGUGGGAUAUUCGCCCUAGAGGCAAUUCGUCUCUCCCGCUGGCCUCUGCUCAGAGACUCUACGUACUACACCCUGUCUAUCUCUGCUCUUAUAGUGUUCAUCUAUGACGAAAAAGUGGUUUGGUGGGAAGCUCUCACGUUGAUUCUGAUGUAUUUCGUCUACAUUUUGAUCAUGAAGAUGAACUCCCAUAUUGUUCGUUUCCUGGAGAGGCAGAAGAAGAACCCGUCUAGUUUAAGGAACGGAGCUGCCAAUAACGCAGAGCUAGACGAUGGAUGUGAUGCUACCGCUGUUCUACUGAAGAAAGCGAACCACCACAGGAAGCCGUCGGUGCUGAUGGUGGACGAGCUGAUGUCGGCGUACCCCCACCAGCUGUCCUUCUCCGAGGCGGGCAUGAGAAUCAUGAUCACCAGUCACUUCUCCCCGAGAACCCGCCUUACCAUGGCUUCCCGCAUGCUCAUCACCGAGAGGCAGCGUCUAAUCAACACCCGGACUUUGACCAACGGUGACUCGGAUGUUCCAGUGAAAGGAGGAAGUAGGCGGGGCAUAGAAAAUGGGCUGUCCAAGGCUGAAAGGGGCGUCAGCGUGCGCCGCGACGACCAAGAGGUGGGCAACGAGACGGAGACCGAGGACAAUGAGAACAACGAGAACGAUGAAGAGGAAGAAGAAGAGGAUGGAGAGGGACCCUUGGUACCCUUCCAGUGCCCAGCGGGUGUGUUUAACAAGCUUAAGUGGCUGGUGGCCUGGCCUCUGUGCCUGCUGCUCUACUUCACCGUCCCCAACUGCGCCAAGCCUCGCUGGGAAAACUACUUCAUGCUAUCCUUCUUCUGCUCCACCCUGUGGAUCGCCGCCUUCUCCUACAUCAUGGUCUGGAUGGUAACAGUGAUAGGCUUCACACUCGGUAUCCCUGAUGUCAUCAUGGGCAUCACCUUCCUGGCAGCCGGCACCAGCGUCCCUGAUUGCAUGGCCAGCCUAAUAGUGGCACGACAAGGAAUGGGAGACAUGGCGGUGUCCAACUCCAUCGGCAGUAACGUGUUUGACAUCUUGGUGGGGCUUGGUCUCCCCUGGGCCCUGCAGACACUGGCUAUCAACUACGGGUCUGAUAUCAAACUAAACAGUAAAGGACUGAUCUUCUCUGUGGGGCUCCUGCUGGCAUCGGUGUUUAUGACUGUCCUGGGAGUUCACCUAAACAAGUGGACGUUGGACAAGCGCCUGGGUUUCAUGUGUCUCCUCCUCUACUCCAUCUUCCUGUGUUUCUCCUGCCUCAUCGAAUACAACAUCUUCACCUUUGUCAACCUGCCAACCUGCCGGGAUGACUGAGACACACACACACACACACACACACACACACACACACACACACACACACACACACACACACACACAAAUAAACAUAUGUGCACACACUCACACUAAAAGUGGUGUUUGCAAGGAAUUCUAAGUGAAGUGAAGUAUAGAAUGAGAGCCAGAAAGUUAUCAUUCUGAAUCUAACAGCAAGAAUUAUUUGCAAACACCGUUUGACACAGGUCUGAUUCACACUCACACACACUGUUUCCUGCUUGUAUUCUCAUCUAUGAGAAGACAUCCCACUCUGCUACUCUUUUUCUGAUGCCUGUCUUUCUGCUCGGUGCAAUAUGGAGCUGCUCAGAUAUUUGCUCCCGAUCAAUCAGAGUGCAGGAUUAAGUUUCAGGAGCAGAGAUGGAAAUGACUGACUCGUUACAAACCCUCACACAGGACAGCACUGAGGACAACAGCCACAACAACAAAAACUCUCUGUCCGACUACUGCUUGCUUCUGACGUGAGGACCUUUUCUUUUGAAAUUUCCCCGUAUUUAGGUGUGAAAGUAGUCAUGUUUUCUAGCUGCUAACCUUUCCUGAGAGGAAAGGCAGGUCUUUUAGAUCUACUAGUUGAGAGUAAUAACUAUAAAAGCAAUGAUGUAAAUGGGUGGGAGGGUGUAGGUUAGCUCUGUGAUGCAGAUAAUGUUGUCUAAACAUUACAAACAGGGUGUGAUUUGCGAAAAAAAAAGCAGGGGAAGGCGGGUUUGAUCAAACAAAACAAAACAAAACAUGCAAGAAUGAAAUCCCCCUUUCAAUACCAUGGAUAUAGUGCCACUAGGCCAGCCAUGCCAGAACACUUAAAUAUGCACUGCGAUAUCCAACGGAAAAUAAUCUCAUAUGAAAUAGCACAACCUAGUGUAAACAUAAAACACAGUGCUUUCAAGCCGAAGAGCGGAAUUCACUUUGCCGCAAAAAGUACAUAGCCUCUGCUAAAUUAUUUUUAGCCUCUAACACCACCCCCCAACCCCCACCCCCGGGAACCGGCAAAUCGCACCCUGAUUACAAACAAACAUUACAUUUAUUUCAUUAACACAAUUCUUCAGGCAAAGAGUACAAUCUGUUAUGCUGAGCACAUUUUUCAAACGCCAUUAUCUAGACUAUUUAGAUUCCCAUUAUGUGGGCACAGCUAAGUGCUUUUGUUUAGAACAUUUUAAAACAUACAGCUACACAACUUGGGGGGAAAAAAAUACCUGAAACCCCCACCCACACACACACACACACACACACACACACACACACAAAACCAGGGCAUUAUCCACUCACCUUUUUAUAAAUUAAAUUCAAUAGCAUCACCUCUGUAGCUUCUAUGUUUUGUACUGGAAAUGAAUUAGCUUUAUGGAAAGUUCUUUUCUUUUCUUUCUGUAAAUAGUACACCUCUGUAAAUACUCCCCCAGAUGUCAUAUUUAUUAUUUAUUCAUGUCAUACGCACAUUUCUCCUCUGGAGGUCACAAAACACCCGGGCAGGUUUUUAUUUUUAUGGACCCUGGGUUGAGGAAAUCUACACCUAAGAUGUUUUUCAGAUGACCAUUCGUGUCCAAACAAUCACAAUUUCCUCUUAAGGUAUUUGUCUUGUUGAUUUCAUUAAUGAACUUGAUUGUGUGUGUGUGUGUGUGUGUGUGUGUGUGUGUGUGUGUGUGUGUGUGUGUGUGUGUGUGUGUGUGUGUGUGUUAAAAAACAGAAUUCAACCUUGCACUGAAGAGCUUAAACUAGCUUCACAGGGAGACUGUGAGAGUGUUUCUCAUCCCAAUGCGUGCUGAUUAUAGGGAUAGCUUCCUUGUAAAAUGAAGCAGGUCUGUAUGAAAUUAUAAUGUUGAGGUUUUAAGAAAGCAAAUGUGUUUUUGGGGGGGGUUGUUGUGGAGAGGUGUCAUAGUGCUGCGUGUGUGCUGCCACCUAUGGGACAGAAAAUAAUGAGCUGCUGCUUUUUUCUCUCGACCAAAUAGACUCAGAACAGUGGUGGCAUUACUUAAAACAACUGGGGAGCAAGUUGGACGAGGUAUUUCCUCUGUGUUGGAUGGAUGUUCUGUCCCAAAAAAGGAAGUGAGAUUUUAAUGAAGUGGUAGUGUUGUAUGAGUAGAGUAAAGAUGCAAUAUAAAGCAUCAGGACUUUUAUCCCAGCUUUAUCCCAAUAUGUUGGGGUUUUGACUUUUUUGUUUGUAUUUUGUAAUACCUAAUGUCUAGAUUUGUCCAGAUAUGGUAGGUUUGUGGUAAAUUGAGAUAGGUAUUCCUACUAGUUUUUAGAGCAUGUACAACGUGGUUCGUGAACCCCUACGGGGGAAUUUUUAUUCCGCUACAGGAGUCAAGGCACAACGCCAGCGAAGUCACACUAUUCCUCAAAGACUUCCACCACAGAAAUGACAAACACUUCGUCUGUCAGAGCCUGUUGGUUCUCACAGUAUGCAUCAAAAUGUCAGCUUUUCCUCCAGAUAAAUUCAUUUCAAAUGUCCAGUGCUCUACUCAUAUUAUAUAUAUUUUUUAUGGAAGGCAAUUGCUAAAAUACACAACUAAGUCUGAUUUGUUUCAGGGACACUUUUAAUUUAUUGAUCAGAAAUGUAAAAUAUAAAAUCUGAGAUAUAGUAUCUUUCGAAUGUACAAAUAAUUGUUUUUUUGUUUAUAUAUAUCGUCCAUAUUUAAUUAUUUCAGAGACACAGGCAGAGUACUCUGUGCUAUGACCGGAAAACAGGGUUUAAAUGUGUUUUGAAUCUUAUGUAAUGCAAUAACUAUGAGCUUACGGAUGUGUAAAUAUGCUGCUUUAAAGAUCAAAGAGAAAUUUAUAAUAGAUUUUAACAUGAUGUAUUCAUAUUGUCGAUAAUGUCUGUCAAAAUGUGACACUGUUAGAGAAUUAUUUAUGGAACUAUUUAUCAAUCACUAUACAAACAAUCAAAAAAGGACUGUUAUUAACAAACGGAGCCCUACAGCUCUAAACAUCAG